CUCUCUCUCCCUCUCUAUAACUCUAUUACAUAGGGAGGGAGAGAGAGAAUUUCGUUCUUCUUUCUGUAUCCAUCUGUAGCCGGGUUUCUUGCUUUCUCUCUCAAAACUAGCUUCUUGUUUUCUUUACUUUGGCUUUAUUCAAUGCGAAUUCUUGGCGUAACUUGAUUCACAUUUAAAGAACAUUUGUUCUUUAAAUUCUCAGCACAUCAUUCAAUCAUUUUUGUAAUCUUCGAUAUUGAUACAUUCUUCUUUGAUAUAUACGUAAUAAUAAUAACAAAGAGUGCAAAAGAUCAACAUGUUUGAAGGGUUAUUGAAGAGCAAAUUCUACUCAAAAUGCAAGUCUGCAAUCAAGCUCACGAAGACUCGAAUCGAUAUGAUAAAGAGGAAGAGAAACGCAAUGGAGAAGUUUCUGAGGAAAGACAUUGCAGAUCUUCUCAAAACUGGUCUCGACAUCAAUGCCUAUGGCAGGUCUGAAGGGUUUCUGGUUGAGCUGAACAUGUCAGCUUGUUAUGAUUUCAUCGAGCAAUUUUGUGGGUGUAUCUUGAAUCAUCUUUCCUUGAUGAACAAACAGAGAGAAUGUCCAGAGGAAUGCAAGGAAGCUGUACCAUCUUUGAUGUUCGCAGCAGCAAGAUUUGCUGAUUUGCCAGAACUGCGCGACCUUAGAAGUAUAUUUUCUGAAAGAUACGGGAAUUCCAUUGAAGCUUAUGUGGAUCAGAAGUUUGUUGAGAAGUUGAAGCCUAUGCCGCCUACGAAGGACAUGAAGCUUCAAUUGCUGCAAGAUAUAGCAUUAGAGUCUGGUUUAGAAUGGGAUUCGAAGGCUUUGGAGCAGAAGCUUUAUAAUCCUCCCCCAUCGGAACAAGACUUGUCUGAGAAUGCCAAUGAUGACAAAAACAAAUUGCACAGAAGCAAGGAUGAACCUGUCCGAAAAACAGGCAACCCUGCUAAACAACACCAUGCAAGUGAUGCUCCUCCAAAAAGGAACAAGGAGGACGAUGAUCGAUACAAACCACGUGGUAGUGAAAAUCGGGAAAAAACUCCCAGUAUAGAUAUUCGAGUGGCAAGAACUGACCAAAAUGACCCACAGACGAAUUCAAAUUCAGAAAGAAAGGUUUCUGAGGAAAACGCUGAUGACAAAAAGCAGCAGCCCUCCCACCAUAGAUUUAUCCCCCCUCCUUACACCAAACCAAAGGCCAGUGAAACUGAAAUCAAUGGUCGUGAUACAGUUGCUGAUGCUAAGCCAAAACCAAGAUCAGUUCGAAGGACGCGCGUGAAACCUCCACCGGCACAUGAGAACAUUGGCAGCGAUGAAGCUGCAAAACCAGGCCUUAAAAUGGUGAAGGAGGACGUUUGUGAUGAGGAGGAUGAAGAGGAAAGGGCGAUGGAUAGGCUUUUGAUGCGUUACAGUACAAAACAAUCGCCUUAUGAGAUGGGGAAAGUAAAAGAAGCUCUCAAGCCUCCUCGUUUGCAAGAACAAUCCAAAGAUGGUCCUACUCCGGCUAGAGCAACGUCUCUCCCACCCGAACCAACGAAUCCAAUUGAGAUGACGAGUAAUGGGCCUGAGCGAGCAUCUUCAUUUCAACCAGAUACUGGGCAUGUGCAUCCAAAGCUGCCGGACUAUGAUGAUUUUCUUGCAAGGCUUGCUGCUCUUAAAGGGAAGUAAAAAAUAUCAGAAAAUCAUGAAAAGCUUAAACCAAAAAAUCAUUUUUUUAUUAACAAUUGUUUCAUUCUUUACACACAAAGUGUACUACAUUCUUAUAGUUCUUCCCAUCAAAAUUGUAACUGUGCAUCGGUGAUCUUUAUUGGGUUCUCUACAAGUUUACAGGCAUAUGAUAUAUAUCAAAUUUCUUUUUCAA